CAGGAAAAAGAAAAGAAAAUGUCUCUCCACACCCUGAAGGCUGGGAGGAAAGACGUUUAACUGCAUUCCUGCCCUCUCACAGUAAACCAGCGUAAGCUACGAACUAAUUUGAUCUGAAACGGGACACCAUGACAUCCCAGAAGGAGCCUCAGGAGAGGACUUCAACUCAGGCCAAAGUGACGGGUCCCACGUCCUGGUCUCGAGUCAGUUGUCCCUGCUGUAUUUCCAGCCACAUAGAACCUUUGGUUCUGAUUCAACUGGCUGAAAAUGUCCAGCCCAUCACCAAGCAGUGGAUCAUGUCCAUGAUAUCUGCACCUGUGAAGGCUGGAGGCGCUCAGCUGUUAGUUCACCCAGGGGAGGAUAUGAAAGGGGACAUGAUAGUUGUGGCAGCCCCUCGCUGCACCCUGCUCAGUGUAACCGAGGACCUGGGACUCUGUAAACCCUACCAGGAUGGGGACAUGACAGCCUUUUCCUCUGAGGACCGUGACAACUUUUGCAACAUUGAUGACAUGGAGCGGUUCCUGACGCUGGCAGAGCGGCAGUACAUAGUGAAAUAUGAAUUGUAUUCAAUGAGAGCUUUGGAGGACCAACGUAUCCCAGGGGUCCCAGCACCUAAGGGGAAGUUGAAAGCCAGAGAGGGCAUCCUACCGAAGCUGGAAAAGGUAGGCGUUAUCCGCAACAUCACUCCUCUUCAUGACCAGAAGAGGCUGAAAGCUCUUGGGAAAGAGUGGUACUCUCAGAAGAGCCUGUGGGGGCAGCCUCUAGAUGCGAUCUACGCUUAUUUCGGUGGCACUAUAGCCUAUUAUUUCAGCUUCCUGGACUACUACACUUUGUCGUUGUUUCCUCCAGCCAUCCUAGGCUUGUUGAUCACCUUUUUCCUUCCCGGUGCAAACCUCUCAAGUGCAAAUAAAACAGACAGUGAGCCUGCAUCGAAAAAGGAAGAUGAUGACCAGCUUUCAGUAAGUUCCUACAUGGUGCAGGCAGUCUUCAGCAUGCUGUGGUCCACCGUCUUCAUUGAGCUUUGGAAGAGACGGAGCGCUGCCUUAUCCUAUCGGUGGGGCACUUUUAAUUUAGCUGAACAGUUUCAAGAACCCCGGCUGGGUUUCCAUGGAGAACUCGGCUCCAAUCCAGUUACAGGCAGACUGGAGCCGCUGUUUCCCGAUUGGAAGAGGAAGCUUAGGAUAGGUCUGGUCUCGGUGCCUGUGGUUGGGGUGUUUUUGUGUCUGGUGGUGAUGGGGAUGACCGGGUUCUACUUUUUGGAGCGUCUCGUCUCAGGCUGGCACAAGGGUUCUGGCUCGUACUUCACAGCUGUCUUGUUGUAUCUACCCUCCAUUGCCCACAUAAUCUACACCAAUGUGCUGGGGAACAUAUAUCGCAAUGUGGCGCUGCAGCUUACAGAAUCAGAAAAUCAUAGGGAGGAAUCAUCCUUUGACUAUCACCAUACUACUAAAGUUCUAGUGUUCACCUUUUUCAAUAACUUUGCUGUGCUGUUCCACAUCGCUUUCUUCAAGGAGGACCUUCCUCUUCUGCGAAAGAGGUUGUCCUCUCUGCUGAUAGUGACUCAGGUGGUGGGUCAGUUCACUGAGGUGGUGGUUCCUUUCCUAGUGGACCGCUUCUACACGUCUUCUCAAAGGAACCUAAAGGAAGACGAUCCAGAAGUGGACCACCUCCAGGCUCAGGGAAAUCUUCCAGCUUUCCCAGGCCUGUUUGCCGAAUACAUUGAGCUCCUGGUUCAGUUUGGCUACCUGAGUCUUUUCUCCUGUGUUUAUCCACUCACUGCUCCUCUGUUACUGCUAAACAACCUCACAGAGAUUCGUACAGAUGCUUACAAGCUCUGCAAGCUUUUCAACAAGCCCUUUUCUGCCCCUGUGGCCAACAUGGGUGUGUGGGAGACAGCGUUUGAGGUGUUAAGUUUCAUAUCGGUCAUGUCAAACUGCUGGCUCUUGCUUCUGUCACCUCGUGUGAAAGCGCUGAUACAGGAAGCUGGCCUCAGCAGUGGCAAAGUUCUUGUCUUUGCCAUCAUUGUAGAGCACAUCCUGCUUGCGAUGAAGAUGAUUCUGGCUUUCAUGAUCCCUGAUGAACCGGCUUGGGUCAAAAUCAAAAGAGAACAGAUUGAAUAUCGCUCUAUCCAAGCACUUAAGAAACAGAGAGUUAAGAGUUUACAGGUGGCUGAUGCACCUCCAAAGGCCAAAAUGUAAGACUGAUCAAAAUCUAUUGCCAGACAGGCAAGAGGAAAUGGAGUUGAAGGACUUUGAAGCCUUAUUGCUUGGCCACUGCAUAAUUAACUUUUUAAUGUACCAUAUGGCCUAGUUUACCAAAGACAGCUUCCACAGUUUACACUACAAGUUAUUAGACCUAACCUAAAUAUACAUUUACUGUAUAUCAGUGGCACCCUUUUGAAGACUACUGAAAUCAAAUGUAAUUUAAGCAUCAACCACUGAUUGGGUUAAUGGGGGUGAUGUGUCCCCAAAAUACCUGUGAUGCUGUGUCUCUGUUGAAAUCUAUUAUAAAGCAGAGGUCAAGUAUUAUGUUAAAUUAUUUUAUGCAAACAGGGACACAUACAGUGCUGUAUUAAUGAUCUUGACAACAUGAUGUCUUUUAAAAAAAAUAAUGUUGCUGUUUUGUUUGUUAAUUUUUAAUGCUGUUUACUCUUGUAGUUUUGUUUUAAAAUAUUGUGAUGAAUGUAUUUGCCUCAUUUAUAUGGUUGUAUUUUGCAUUUCAUAACUGACCAUAUUCUUGCAACUAGUUUUGUUGGUAUAAAAAAUUCCAAUGCUGGAUUCACUAAACAUGCUAUGCAAAUAUCUAGUGAUGUAAGUGCCAUUGAAAAAUAAAUAUCCAAUGUAGCCUGUGGCAUUGAAUGGCUCUAGAUGUACAAAAAAAGCAUACACCAUACACAAAUUAUAUUGUAACCAAGAUGGAAUCACAGUUGAUUUGCGCAGUAAUAAAUACCAAAGUUAAAUAUCA